AUGAAACCACCACCCCAGCACCCUCUCCUCCUCGCCAUCCGCCACCACCACCGCCACCGCCACCGUUCCUCCCUCGCGGCCGAUCGCUCCACACUCCCCUCCGCUCGCCGCCUAAUCAGGCGCCUCCUACAUCACCACCCCCUCCACACUGCCGCAGCGGCUGUGGCCAACGCCUCCUCCACCCCCUCAUCGGAUUUACUCCUCAGCACCUUCCUCAACUCCUCCGCACGUGGUUCCCUCAGGGGUGCCACGGACGCCUUCCAUGUGCUCUCUUCCCGGGGCGCUUCGCCCUCCGUUAAGAUCUGCAAUAUGCUCCUUGAAGCUCUUGUGCGUGCUGGCCAGCUUGACGCCGCUUGCAAGGUGUUUGCUGAAAUGCGUGGUCGUCAGAACGUCACUCCGAAUGCAUACUCAUAUACCUCUAUGAUCAAGGCCCUUUGCAGGGCUGGAAAGGUGGACGGCGGUCUUAAGAUGCUUGCAGAGUUAGUCCAUGCUGGGCUGCAGCAAUGUGCUGGUGUAGUGCCAUACAAUCUGCUGAUGGAUGGACUUUGCAAGAGUGGAAGAGUAGACGAGGCUUUUCGGCUGAAGGAGAGGAUGGAAGAGAGCAAGGUGACUCCGAGCGUGGUCACCUUUGGCAUUCUGAUCAAUGGUCUUGCAAGAAGUCAGCGCCUUGGGGAGGUUGGUGCAGUGUUGCAGGACAUGGCUGGGUUAGGAAUCACCCCAAAUGAGAUCAUUUACAAUGAGCUUAUUGAUUGCCAUUGUCGGAGGGGGCAUUUCUCAGAAGCAAUCAGGUUGUUUGAUGAAAUGCUCUCAAAGGAGAUGAAGUCAACAGCAGUGACUUACAACUUGAUUGCUAGAGCUCUAUGCAAGGAAGGGGAGAUGGAGCGUGCUGAGCAGAUAUUGGAGGAGAUGUUAUCGGCUGGGAUGGUAGUUCAUUUUGGUUUGUUUAAUUCAGUGGUUGCAGGGCUUCUCCAAAGGACUGGAAGUUUGAAGUCUGUGGUAAGGCUUAUAAGCGAAAUGAUUAUAAGAGGUAUGCGACCAAAUGAUGCUCUCAUGACAGCUUGUGUGAAGCAGCUUUGCAAGGGCGAAAAACACCAAGAAGCAGUUGGAAUUUGGUUGAAGAUGUUGAAGGAAGGUUUAUCUGUCAAUAUUGCAACUUCUAAUGCAUUGAUUCAUGGGCUUUGUGAGGGGAAGGACAUGGAAGGAGCUACUGAGGUUCUAAGGACCAUGGUUAAUAAGGGGCUUGAACUGGAUAGCAUCACUUAUAACAUAAUGAUACUAGGUUGCUGCAAAGGCAAUAAAAUAGAGGAAGCAAUUAAACUCCGUGAUGACAUGCUCAGAAGAGGGUUGAAGCCUAAUAUUUUCACGUUUAAUACAAUACUACAUGCUUAUUGCAUUUUGGAUAAAAUGGAAGAGGCCAUUCACCUGGUGGAUCAGAUGAAAAUUGAGGGACUUCGGCCAGAUAUAGUGUCAUAUGGCACUAUAAUAAAUGGAUAUUGUAAAAUAAAGGAUAUUCAUAAAGUAAAUGAAUAUUUGACUGAACUGAUGACCUGUGGAUUAGAACCAAAUGUAGUAAUCUAUAAUGCACUUAUUGGUGGUUAUGGUAGAGUUGGUAACAUUUCUGGUGCAAUUGAUGUCCUUAACACUAUGAAGUCUGCUGGCAUAAGACCAACUAAUGUAACUUACUGCAGUCUUAUGCACUGGAUGUUCCAUGCUUAUCUUGUUGACGAGGCGAAGACCAUGUUUGAACAAAGCAGAGAAAACAGCAUUGAGGUGGGAGUAAUUGGCUACACAAUUAUGAUACAUGGUUUUUGCAAAAUAGGAAAAAUGGAUGAAGCUAUGAAUUACUUGGAGCAAAUGCGGUCCAGGGGUAUACCUCCAAAUAAGUUUACUUAUACCACUCUGAUGUAUGCCUAUUGUAAAUCUGGUAAUAAUGAAGAAGCCUCCAAGCUUUUUGAUGAGAUGCUGAGCUCAGGAAUUGUUCCUGACAACGUUACUUACAAUACACUAGUUACAGGGUUUUCUCAAGUGGAUCCAUUGGACAAGGCUACAGAACUGCCUGCUGAAAUAUCAAGUGUUUUGACACAGAAUGAUUGUUUGUACAAUGCAUUAGUUAAUAGGAUAACCAGACCUUGGUGCCAGAAAGAAGCUACUUCCAGUGAAUGAUGUUUGAUUAAGGAACCAUAAGGAAGACUGUUUUCUGAACAGACCCAUCCAAGCAUGAAAGGGAACUAGAGAGACCACAGAGGCCCUCGCCUUGCUAUUGGCUAGAUAGCUUUCUCAUCUAGCAGGAACAUCAACCGAGUCCAUUCAUCUCUUAUCUUGGACAGCUAUCCAACAGCAGCAGGUUGCGCUUAAAGUUUAUUUAUGGUAAUGUAUAGUUGCUCAUCAAGCUGCUACCUUGUGGCAUGUGGGGGGUGCCCAACAGAAGCACCAGAUUGCCUUGAAGGUUCAUAAUUGCCUAACUUUGGUUGACAAUGACAACACCUUGAUUGCCUCUCAGUGGAUAGAUGAUGACUGAAAGGAAUUACCUGCUUCAAGUUACAGAAGGGUUCCCCGCCGCUGCUCCUUCUCUCCAACUUCAAUCGCCACACCGAUCCCUGACACGAGGAGCGUGACGCCAUUCGGGGAGAUUUGCACACCUGUCUCCAUUGGAACGCUCAAGGAGGCGCAUCUCGGCCACCGUCAAGGCCACCGCCGCCACCUGCGGGUGUAACGA